AUGACGGGCGUCGCGGCCGCAGAUUCAGUGAACCAGGCACGAGAUGAGGGGGAGAUGGCAUUUAAGCGGGAGAAGAAAGGAUCAAAGAAGAAGAAGGAGCCAAAGCUGAAAGGAGCCGCCGCGUUGAUUGAUGGAUGUGGAUUAGACGAGGCAGUGGCGUGCGUUGCGGCUGCAGAAGCGGGGAAACAGUCACGACAAGAGAAAGAGGAGAAGGGUGAUGAGGGGAAAGAGUCGAAGCGAGAGAAGAAAUCAAAGCGGGAUAUGGAGUCAAAGCAUAAGGGAGCUGUGUUGGACGGUAAUGCGGAUGAGUCGGCGGAAAACGCAGAGGCUGCUGCAGCAGAGGAGGAGACAAAGCGGAAAAAGGUGUCCAGGCGGGAGAAUGGUUUAAAGCGGGCGGAGGCAGGGCGAAAGAGAUCCCUGAGUGGCGACGUGGGCUUUAACAGCGGUGGAGAUGAGGCGGCGGCAGGGGUGGAGGCUGCAGCAGAGGCGGAGUCUCCUCCACACGGGAAGAAGAGAAAGAAGCGGAAAGGCGCUGUGUGUGAUGGGUCUGCCAGUGAGGCAACUGCAGGUGUUACGGUUGCAGCAGGAGUGGAGCGACCACCUGAGAAAAAGAAAAAGAGAACGAAGAAGCAGAAACUGGCUGUGCGUGAGGGGGCGAAUGAGGCAGCCUAUGCGGCAGCUGCAGGUGAUAAUACUGCAGCAGAAGCGGAGGAAUCACAUAAGAAAAAGAAAAAGAAGAAGUCGAAGCGGAGUCGAGUUAUGUGUGACGGGGCUGACGAUGAGACAGCUGCAGGUGAUAAUACUGCAGCAGAAGCGGAGGAACUACAUGUGGAGAGGAAGAAAAAGAAGAAGUCGAAGCUAAAAGGAGCUGUGGAUAACGGGGCUGUUAGUGAGGCAGUGACAGGCGCUGGUGUUUCAGCAGAAGCGUUGCAAGCACAUGGGGCGAAGGAAGAGAAGAAAGACAAGAAGAAUUCAAAACGGAAACGGACUGAUGAUGGGGCUGCGAGUGAGGCUGUUGCAGGUGAUAAUGCAGCAGCAGAAGCAGAGCAAUCACGUGUGGGGAAGAAGAAGAAAAAGAAGAAGUCGAAGCAGGAAGGAGCUGCGAGUGAUGGGGUGAAGGAGGAAGACACAGGUGCUGAGCUUGCAGAGGAACUUUCUCAGGAACAUGAUGCAUCGCUAGCAGGUGUUACAGAGGUGGCAGCAGCAGGGGAAGGGUCUCAGGUGAAGGGGAAAAAUUCAAAGCAAGAGAAAGGGUCAAAGCGGCAGAAGGCAAAACGGAAGAGAGGGGAUAGCGGUAACAAGGAAACCAGCAGCAUCGGGAAUGGUGCAGCGGCAACGGAAGGUGUGGGGGUUGCAGCAGCAGGGGAGCAGCCGCGCGUGAGCGGGUCGAAACGGGAGAAGAAGGCAGAACGGAAGAGAGCUUUGGGUAGUGGCAGCGAGGGGAUUGGUAGCAGGAGUGAUGGAGUAGCAGCUGAAGGGGUGGGGGUUGCAGCAGCAGGGGAGCAGUGGAGAGUGAGUGGGUCGAAGCAGGAAAAGAAGGCAGGACGGAAGAGAGCUUUGGGUAGUGGCAGCGAGGGGAUUGGUAGCAGGAGUGAUGGAGAAGCAGCUGAAGGGGUGGGGGUUGCUGUAGCAGAGGAAGAGCAACUGCGGAGGGCAUAG